AUGAUGCAAGCCGAACACAGCCCAAAUUCAAGGGUUACAUUCUCCGCCCAAAGGAGAGUUUUGCGCCUGUUGUGGCGUCUGUGGCAGGCUUCUGAAGGCUCGUGCGCAGCGUCCCUCAGGCACAUUGCGUUGUAUGCCAGGCGCUGGUUUGUGGAGAAACGCCGUGUUCAUGUUAAGGAGUUUCGUCGCGCUGCUCGGGCUGCUAAUCCGGACGCCGGCUCCCAUCCUCAAGUUCGCAUGUGCGAUAUGGCUGUUGUUAAAUCUUUUGGUAUCGCCGCUGUGAGCCUGACCUUCCAGGCGGAGCCCGGAAUCCAGGAGAUAUAUCCAGAUUCCGCCAUCGGCGACGUCGCCAUCCCAGACAUGACCCGUUUCGCCCGGGUUGGCAGGUUCAACGACGGGGCACGCCCGCAGUCACUAGCUGCCCACAUCCUCGGCGACACCGCCACGAGCUUCGAGUACUCAACCCUCCCCAGCGACGUGAUGACCGACGCGCCCAUCGCCCGGUACCCCUACGCCUUCUGGGACGCCGGCAACCACUGGGAGUUCGUCUUUGUCAACUCGGCGCCCGUCCCCGGCUCACAAGACUUCAACUUCCUCUCCCUCUACUCCGACCAACACGUCCAAUCCUCCGCAAUCUGCCAAACCCCCCGUUACACCUACAACCUCAGCGCCGGCAUCCUCUCCAUCCAACAAACCACCACCACCACCAACACCACCACCAAAACCAUCCUUUUCCCCGCCUCCGGCGUCGGCGACGAAGCCAUCACCUACCUGACCACCCCUGUCCUCCACGACACCGGCGCCAACAGCACCGGCACCUGCGGCCCCGGCUGCGCAACCAUCCACGUCGUUGAGCCCCACGCCGGCCCUGCAGUCACGGACUCCACCUUCGUGCACCCCACCUCCAGCUUCUUCUACUACGAAUGCAAUAUCACCGUGCAGCCCACAACCCAACCCAACGCAGGGCCCUUCUCUUUAUUCCCCACUACCGCAGCGGUCGCCGCCCAAGCCAUCGCCCUGUCCGGCCAACGCGCACCGCCAUCGGAUGGCGAUGCAUCGCCGUUCGGGCUGAACCAGUUCGCGUCGUACAACCUGGGGCUGGAGUUCGGGCAGGCGCAAAACAACAACGCGACGGCGAUGGGGCGGAUGCUGUCGCGGUUUGCGCUCGGGGUGGUGGCGGCGGCGGCGCGGACGAAUCCGAAAGUGGUGGUGCAGGGACGGCCGCCGCGGCAAGGGGUGCGGUUGGUGUUGGAUAAGCCCGUUGUGUUUGGGGCUAUAUUGAUUGCGACGGCGGCGGUGCAGUUGGUGUUGUUGGGGGCGGUUAUUGUUCUUGUAAGGGGGUUGAGAAAGGAUGGGAGGAGGGAUGGGGGAGGUAGGGGGGAUGUCGAAUUCACAGAUCCACCCGAGCAGGAGCUGCCUUUCAAGGUCCGUACUUCCGAGCGGUGA